AUGAUCUGGAACAUCUUCGAGGGCGGCUCGCUUUUCACUGGUCAAGACCCCGAGUUCAAGACAUACCGAAGCAGAGCGCAUCUUGCGGAGAUGAUAAAUCUGCUUGGCCCUCUCCCACCUGAUUUCAUUGCACGAGCCAACCAGAGAGAAAAGUUCUUCACGGACGGCGGUGAAUUCCGCCACCCAAUUUUACUGCGUGACUUGAACCCUGUUGACAGAAGAGAGACAGCGCUUGAAGGCGAGGAUAAGGAGAGCUUUCUGCAAAUGAUGCGGCGGAUGUUGCAGUGGGACCCGGAGAAGCGCGGUUCUGCCAAAGAGCUUGCUGAGGAUGAAUGGAUUCGGAAGCAGAUUGGCCUGUGA